UUCGUCAGCCAACCAGGAAAGAGGGCUUGCCGUGAUCUGGACUGAGGCGGAUGAGACCAGAAACCUUUGUUCUGUCUCUCCUCCCUAAACGAGAUUUAAAAACAAGAGCCUGUCAAUGCUUCCUGCAGAAUCACGCGUGUGUGCGGUGAGGCGAUCGCUGCUGGAUGUUUUAUUCAUCACAAAUUAGCAGAAUUUAUUGAACAGGGGCUUUCUAAUAUUUUUCCGGAUCGCUACAACCCGAGGGGCACAUCUGCUCGGUUUUUUCCUGUCAGCUGCUAAAUGGAAAUAAAACGGGGAGCUGAAAGUGGAGGCAGUCGAGGUAAUGAUCUUCCCGUCCACUAUCUACGCCUCCUGGCCCCGCCCUUGCAGCUCUUAUCAGCCGCAGUGUGGCAAGUAGUGCAGCAGGGACUUGUGGACCACUAUGGGAUGCUGGAGGAGUUUGUUACCAUGGUGACGGAACUGGUCCCAGAGCUGAUGAGCUACAGUCAGAGGGCUCAGCUCAUCUUGGGACUCAGGGCCAGGCUGGUUCUGGAGAUGUGUCGAGCGGAGCACCCAGUGGACAUGCAGACCAUCCAGCCACAUCUGGACAGAAUUAAAGCUCCAGUCAGCACUGCCAAGGAUCACCAUGUAACCAUUAACCAGGUGGAGGAAUCUGAGGUGAACUUUGUGGAGUUGGUGCAUUCAUUACUGGAGGAUCCCUCCGAAAGAAAAUAUUUUUUCGAGGAAAUCUUCCCUGUAUAUUUUGGGCCAAAGUACGAUGCUGCGCUGGAGAUGCUGGUGUGGGAGUUUAUAUCAAGACUGGAGGAGCUGCUGCCAGUUCCAGACUUCACACAGUUGGCAGCUUUGCUCGGAGACGCUCCAUCAUUCCUCGACGACUGUUUACAAUCCUUUUUCCCGCCAGACGACAUGAAGGCUGUGCUUGAACACCACAGGAACCUCGGCCAUUUUGAAGAGAAAGAUCCUGGAUUAUUACCCAUGGAUGACUGCAUCCUCUCCUCCCUGUCUCUGCCUCCUGGGACCAAACCUGUCACAAACACCACCUCAUCCUCACCUGCUCUCGAAGACUCAAACCCUCCGGAGCACGAAGGACGUCUCGACACUCCCUUCAACACGAGCCGCCUGGAGAGGGCGAUCAGCAGGAGCUCUGAGACUCUGAGACAAACGUUGAGGGAGACGAGAGACUCUGGCAGCUGGCAGCUGCAGGGGAGAGGCGUAAACAUUUCUCAGGAGAGAAAAGCGCAAAACUCAGUCAGUGCACGACCAUGUGAUGAAACCAUAGACCUCACCACGCCUUAUGAGACUGCAGACAGGGAUUCAGUAGCCAGUGACAACAGCCAAAGCUUGAGAGGAGCGCCGGUUCUCAGGAAGAGGAAGCUGAGCGGAGGCGUGGACAUUCCCUCGAAACAACCUGUGGAGGCAACGGCUUUCUUGGAUUCGUCAGUGGAUGAUGAGAAUUCAGGAGAAUCUCCACUUAUCUCCAUAUGGGGAGAAUAUACAGACUCUCAGGAAGGUUCCUUCCCAGUUGUGACAGACACAAAAGUCCCCUGGUCGGACGAGGAGACGCUCAAUCUGCUCGACAUCUGGGGGAAGGACUCGGUGCAGCGGGCGUUGAAGGGCUGCUUGAAAAACCGCCACAUAUUCACACAGAUUGCUCAGAGGAUGACGGAGAGAGGCUACAUGAGAACGGUGGAGCAAUGCCAGACCAGGAUCAAGCGGCUGAAGAAAAGCUUCCGCCAGAACAACAAAGGGAACUCCAAGCUGGAAUAUAAAUUCUAUGAGCAGCUGAAGCGGAUACUCGGCUCCUCGGCUCCCUCGGCUGUUCCCGAGGUCACCUAUGAUGUCGAAGAGGUCAUCGAUGAAGACGAGUCCCAAGACGGAGAUGACGACUUGCAGUUUCUCGGUCAUACGAGCCGACUGGAAAUUGGAACCAGAAGCGUUCCGUGGACAGACGUUGAGACAUUGACCCUCAUCAACACGUGGGGCGAAGACAAGAUGCAGCAGGAGCUGAGAGGAAUGCACCGAACAGGACACAUCUUCUCCAUCAUUUCCAACAAGAUGGCCGCCCAGGGCUUCUCCCGCACACCAGAGCAGUGCCAAACAAGGCUGAAAAGGCUGAAAUCAAACUUCAGGCAGUGCUACCAAAACAACUUGAAGGGACACGAGCAAGUUGAGUGCAAGUUUUACAAUGAGCUGGGAAGAAUUUUAGUGAAGGACUUCCAAUCAGUGCCGCAGCUGGAGGAAAUGCCAGGAGAGCUGGAAGAGACCGAAUUUCCCUCCUACUCCCAUCAGGAUAUCGAUUCUACAGUGGGUGUUCAGGAAGAGAGCAGGAAAGUCCCCUGGUCUGACAAAGAGACCAUCAUCCUUCUGGAGAUCUGGGGAGACCCACAGGUCCAGCAGAGCAUGAGACGCUACCCGCACAACGGUCACAUUUUUACUGAGAUAUCCGAGAAGCUCAGCGCCAACGGCUACUCCCGCACCGCAGGGCAGUGCCACACCAGGAUCAAACGGCUGAAAGCCAGCUAUCGGCAGUGUCGGGAAAACAUGAGCUCAUCUGGGACUGACAGAGUCGACUUUAAGUUCUAUGAUCUGUUGGAACAAAUCCUGGACAAGCAGCCGUCGACGUCCUCCACUGUGGUGACGGACUCCAUCGAAAUAUCAGAGGACUCUAAUGGUGAAUCUGUGACUGAAGCAGAUGGAGACAUCAGCAUGCCGACAGAAAAACCGACAACUAGCUCGUGGUCAGACGAGGAGACCCUGGCGCUUAUCGAGAUCUGGGGCGACGAAGACGUUCAGAGGGCGCUGAGGGGUUUCGUCCACAACGGACACGUUUACGCUGACAUAGGGGAGAGAAUGCACGACCUUGGCUACUCGAAGACCGCCGAGCAGUGUCGCUGGAAAGUCAAGUCACUGAGGACGAAUUUUCGACAGUGCUACGACAGGAAGAAAUGUGGAAGAAGAGUCGAUUACAGAUUCUAUAACCAGCUGGAGCAAAUACUCGGACAGGAGGCGGUUUCUAUUGAUGAGUAUGAUGAAAGAGACGAACAACCAGAUCAGGAUCCAGGUGCAGAUGGUGUGAACACAUCGUGGACGGAGCAGGAGACGGCAGCUCUCGUGGAGAUUUGGGCUGCAGACGACGUGCAGCACAGCCUGAAAACCUGCGUCCGCAAUGGGCACAUAUUCGCCGACAUGUCGGAGAAAAUGGCCGCCAUGGGAUACAUGAGGACAGCAGAGCAGUGCCACUCCCGGAUCAAACGGUUGAAGAAGACUUACAGGCGCUACUGCAACAGCCGGAGAAGUGGAGGACGGCCCGCUGUGUUCCGAUACUUCCACCUCCUGGCCCCGGUGCUCGGUGAUGACUCUGUGGGCACUGACGUGGACACUACUCUUGCUGACACCACCCUGCAGCCCCUCAUGGACAAGGAUCCUGAAAUAUACGAGCAGCCCUCAGCCAGCCACCUCCUGGCCGACCUGAGCAGGAAGAUGCCCUGGUCGGACCAGGAGACUCGCACCCUGCUGGAGAUCUGGGGUGAAGACAACGUGCAGCUCACUCUGAGAGGCUGCCUGAAGAACCGUCACGUGUUUGAGUACAUCUCUGAGAAGAUGAGCGACGGAGGGUUCAUCAGGACCUCAGAGCAGUGCUACACACGCAUUAAGCGCCUUAAACAUGGCUUCCUCCACGAAAAGGAGGAUUAUAAAUUCUUCAAUGAGAUGGAUGGAAUCUUCAGGAAGGAGCUGAAAGUGGACGGCACAGUCGCAGACACGCCAGUCAUGGAUGAACCAGAAGAGGUGCCUCAGAAGAAAGUCGCCUCAGGUACACAGUGGGUGGGCGACAGCUCUAAGCUGGCCUGGAGUGACGGGGAGACCGAGGCCCUCCUGGACAUCUGGGGCAACGAGGAGAUCCAGGAGAACUUGAAGGGCUGCACCAAGAACAAACACAUCUUCAUCCAGAUCUCCGAGGUCAUGGCUAGCCAGGGCUACAUGCGGACUCCUGAGCAGUGUCAGACCAGGAUCAAGAGGCUGAGGGCCAAUUUCAGACAGUUUCUAGAGGGCAGAAAAGGAGAAAAAUCGGAGUGCAAGUUCUUUGACCAGCUGGUGCAGGUCUUUGGAAGCAAGUACGUAAUAAACUCUGACCCUCUGGCCGACGACACAGCCGAUGGUAUAGAGACCUGAGACUGUCCGUCAUCGUGGAGUCAGAUCUUGAGGACGCAGCAGCUGCAGACGACGGAGGAACAUCGAGAAGAUAAGAACAAGGGCACUGAAGCAGAAACUGUCACAUCAGCAGCUGUGGUGUGCAGUUGUUUACAGAUGACAUUUGCCUCUGUACAUACAAAUACUUUUACAUUCUUCAUACACACCGGCUGUAGGGGUGUGUGUGUGUGUGCGUGUGUGUGUGCGCGUGUGUGUUUGCGUCCCUCCACCAGUGUCUUUGUAUGAUUUCCAAUAGAGCCAUGACACUAAAUCCAGAAAGCUCAGGGCUCGAGGGACAAAAACCAAUCUCUGAUUUUGACCUGGAGGGAGUCGCUUGAAACGCCGUGCUCCUCCAGAAAACAUGUUUUUGCUAGUGUUGAAUUAUUUUGUACUUUGAAUCGAAGCACACGCAAAAAGAAACACACGUAAGACCUCUGUUACCGUAAGCACUGCGCACAUUUGCUUUGUUUGUUUUAUUCUGUCUUUGCACUUGUUUACAGUGUUUGAAAUCCGAGUUGUGAAAGUUGGAUUCAUGAAGCUAAUUCUUAUUUUUUACGUCAUAUGAAUUCAUAUUGUCCAGAAUUAUAUUUAUUUAAGUUAUUGUUUACAUAUGUAUUCCAAACUUUUACAGUUUUCAUUGAAUAUGUUUCACUUCAAACUUUAUUGAAGCGCAUAUUUUCCACAAACUUGUCGAGGUUUUGUCACACGCAUUAAAAUAAACUUAA